UUUUUUUUUUUUUUUUUUUUUUAAAGAGUACGGGUCCUGCUGCAGUUAGUUCAUUGAAAAACUCAGGUGCUUCUCGGAGUGAUCAAGGAGAGACUGAUUUCAUAUAUUUUUCUGUCGCCUGUUAAUCUGUCCUAUAGAGAGUUGCAACAAUGCCAAAAAGAAAGGCUGCAGAUCAAGGUGACGUGAGGCAGGAGCCAAAGAGAAGAUCAGCUAGACUGUCUGCUAUAAUGAAGACCAAAAAUGAUAUGAUAGAAAUAAACACUGAUGCAAAUGCCAAAAUACUAGCUGAAACCAAGCAAGAAGUUGAUAAACAAGACUACAACAAUAAAAAUGCUGAAAAUGGAGAAAACAAAAUUAUAGAGACACCGACUCUUAAAAAAGAAUUUGGGGAAGUAAAAGAGGAAAAAAACUAUGACACUGAAGAAGAGGGAGGAGAAAACAAAGAAGAGGAAACAGAAGGAAAACAAGAUGAAAAAGAUCCGAAAAAUAUAAAAGGUCAAAAUAAAGAAGAGAGAGGAGAAGAUGAAAAACAAGGCCAAGAUGAAAAAGAGGAAAAAGGGGACGAAGACAGAAACAAGAAAGUAGGAUACAGAGAAAAUGAAGAUUACCAAAAUGAAAAAAGAGAUGAAGAGGAUGAAGAGGGAAAAUGGAAAGAAGAUGAAAAAGAGAACAAACAUGGAAAAGAGAAAGGAGAUGAUGAAAAAGAUGGAGAAGAUGGAAAAGAGAAAGAAGGUGGGAAAGAGGAGGAAUUUGGAAAAAUGGGUGAAAAUGGAAAAGAGGAAGGAGAUGAAGAUGAGAUAUUUAAAAUAGAGGAGGGAUCUGGACAGGGAGAUGAAGAUGGAAAUAUGGAAGAAAAUGCAAAGAAAAAAGAAGAAGACAGAAAAGAGGAAGAAGGAAAAGAUGAAGAAGAUGUGAAAGAACAUGGAAAAGUAUAUGGGAAAGAUGAAGGAGAUAAAAACGAAGAUGAAAACAAGGUUGAGGUUGGAAAUGAAGCUGAAACAGUAGAAAUUGAAAAAGAGGGUCUUUGAAUAUUGUCUAAAACUGCCCUAUAAGGGCCAGGGAUAUAGCUCAGCGGCACAUGUGCCUGCUUGGCAAGCACAAGGCCCUGA